AUGAUGGAUCGACCUUCCCCAGACGAGCUCAGACGCAUCCCCCGAUGGCGUCGCUUCGUCGUCCAGUGGGACAUUUCCCACAAUGCCGUCGCCCUUGCCUUCUUCGCUUUCACCGGUAUGUGGCAAACCGCCGCUUUGCACUUCGGCAUGAUCCAAAUUCCCAGAGCCAUCUGGUACACAAUGUACUUCGUCUCCUGUCUCAUCCUGUCCAUCUCCGCCCUCAUAUACCUCACACGCGCCAUCAUUUACCCGCGCUCUAUCAUCGACGACUUCAAUCACAAGCGUCUUAUCAACUUCUUCUUCAUGCCCGUCAUGAUCGGCGCUCUGUGUAUCCUCACAACACCACUCUUCCUCCGAACGCUCAACCAGUUCAUCGUGGGCUUCUACGUGCUCGGCGCAUACCAAGUCGGCCUUGCGCUCUAUCUCUACGGCGACUGGUUGUUCGGCUUGCAUCCAACCAACUUCAUUCACCCGCUCGUCUUCAUGCAAACUAUUGGCUUCUUCCUGCUUGCCAAUAUCGGCGCAUCAGCACAUCUUGUCGAGCACGCGUUCGCCAUGCUCUCCGUCGGCUGCUUAUUCUGGUUACUCGUCUUCAUCACUAACUUCCAACAUCUCUCCCCAGCCCUUGAUAAGGGAUCGGAGCGGCCGCAGCCAACUUUCUUUCUGUUUAUCGCGCCGCCAGCGCAAGCUGCCCUCGCCUUCGUCGUGCUCCAGAUGGCCGAAGCAGUGAACCCAGAAAAAAAGAAUGCCCUUCUCACCAUUGUCAAUGACAUGGAAUGGCCAAAGGCUGCACAAGCGUUCUUGUACAUCGACUUGUUCUUGUACCUUCUCAUGUUUCGGCUGUUCCCCACCUUUUGGACGCAGAAAUUUUCCGUGUCCUGGUGGGCAUAUAUAUUCCCCCUCAGCGCUGCGGCGAGCUCGGUGAUUUGGCGGUACAAAGUUGAGGAGGAAAUGUUCUGGGGUGUACUUGCGGUGUUACUCGGGCUUAUCGCCUGUGUGGCCAUGAUCGUUGUAUCAUGCUUCACGGUUUGGGCGUUGGGGUCGGGAAGGACACCGAACAAUCCAAGGUGCCUUGAUGCAUACUACAGGUAUUACGUUGGUUGUUCAUCUGAGGACAUGGAUCCGAGUCUUCCAAUAUGA